AUGAACACGGCUCCGCACCGACAAAGCACGCACCAAGGUCAAUGCCAGGAACGCUCGAUGCAGCUAGACUCCGUCACCUAUGAUCCAGAUGAGGUUCUUUCACCAGGCACUCCUCAGAUGAAAGCAGUGCAUCCCAAGCUCGAACUCACCGAGAGCCCUCCUCCGGAAAUACCAAGCGCUCAAGUCAGUUUCAGCCCUCCUCUUCUCGACGGAUUUCCCAAGUCUAAUCGCCCAAAGAUCCGGCCCGUCUCUGGUGAUGCUGUGCUUGUCGCCUACCUCGGCGGCGGCAGUCACCCCGAGAUAGCUCAAGCUGCUAGCCACCAGGCAUUGCCUGGCGCAGACGAGGGCUCCUUUGAGUUCUCCGAUGGUGAAGAUGAUGCCUCGCAAAAGAGUCCAUCGCGAGACGCCAACCCCAACCUCCCGGAAGCCGACAUUAUCCAGCGGCCGGAUGGCGCCGCUACGGCCCUGCGGGCCGUUGCCGCCGAUGCUUUAGCUGCGGGUGGCCACCUCUCCGGGGAAGAUAAGCCCAGUGUUGAUCUGUCAGCCUCUACUUACCAGCUCUCCAUUCAUGACGAUGCCGUGUCCAGCCCCAAACGCGAAGUCAAGAGCCCGCUCCUGGGUGUGCAUCUCAGCCUGUUGUCGCCGUUGCCCCCUUUGCAAAUAGACUCUCCCAAGUAUGAUGGCGUGAACGGCCCGAGCCUGCCUUCAAUACGAACCACGCUGGGCGAUAUCAACAACCUCCCGACGGACAUGCCAACGCCAAACGACAACAGAGACUUGCCAGGACGUCACACCGGCGAUGCGCGAACCUUUUCUCGCUCCCCUACCGUAGGUGUCCCACGCUUCUCGUCAAUGUCAACCGGCAGUCGUGCGUCGCAUCCAAUUUCUCCCAGCGAGUCGUAUCAACGCAGCUUCCCAUCUCCCAACUCCCUUCCCGCCUCCAGCCCCGACAACUUCGCGACCAAUGGAUCAAUGCAUCGCUCUCCCGCCGAGUAUCCAAACAACAGCGCCUCCAGCAACACCCACCAACCGGGCUACACCAACAUAGCCUCCGUAGCGGAUCGCAUGAGCAUCGACGGAAUAACUAACCCCCAGGUUGGGAGCUACAGCUGCACAUAUCCCGGGUGCACUGCUCCGCCGUUCCAAACUCAAUAUCUUCUCAAUUCUCACGCUAAUGUGCAUUCUUCAGUCCGUCCUCACUACUGCCCCGUGCAAGGCUGUCCUCGUGCUGAAGGGGGAAAGGGAUUCAAACGGAAGAAUGAGAUGAUUCGGCAUGGUCUGGUCCACGACUCUCCCGGAUAUGUCUGCCCCUUUUGCGCAGACAGAGAACACAAAUAUCCCCGGCCGGACAAUCUCCAGAGGUAA